AUGUUUCAUUUAAACAACAGCACUGGCAACCGACGCAAUUCGACACACAGUCAAGGAGGGUGCACUAGCUGGAACCAACGACUUCGUUGGACCACCAUCGGAUGCAUCUUGAAGGCAUGGCUAGAUUUGGUUCCGCUAAGCCUCAUUCAAAUUUCACAUGAGGAGACAGUGAUAGCGAAGGAAGACCCGGAGCACUCAGUGGAGGUAGAUGAAGACGGAUACAUGGGAUCGCUCGUGUUCAUCAUGAGUUGCGCUGUCUGCGUCGCCUGA